AUGGAACGCUACGCCUGUCUAAACAUACCUCACGAGCUUUACCGGAUUGACUAUCCUGGAUCUCAAACGACGUUUACUUCCGAAAAAGGUUUCAAGGCUACCGACACCGAAAGAACUUUUGGGGCAGACGAUCUGCACGAUUUCAAGCAAGCUCUCGAAAGUCAGUUCAAAUGGUCUUGCCGAGACCCGGUUCCCUUUAUUUCUCUCUUCUCCGAUCAAGAGCACGCUGAAAAUUGGGGUCGGAAGGAACCCUGGCGCGGAAACCGUGGGCCGGAUGGCAGUUGGGCACUUUACGUGAUUAAUGCUAUCGAACUAAAGGAGACCACUCCCAUCUUCAAAUUGAGCAGCUUGGUGCAGAUGCUAAAAUUGGUCAUUCCGGAUGGGGCCCAACAGCACAUCCAAGGAGCUUAUCUGUGUCUCCAUCGUGUUCCUCAAGCAGCCAUCAUUAACAAGAGAACACCAGGAGAAAUAGAGACAGGCAAGUGCCUUGGCGCAGGGGAUACGACGUGCGUCUCACUGAUCGCAGAUCGAGAAUCCCGAAGAGCUAGGCGCUUGGAAGAACCGGACAGAUACGACUAUCUUGGUGACUGCGGUGAUAGCGACAGUGAUCGUGAGAUGUUACAGGAGAACUACAACUCAAUUUUUGAUAGGAAUAUUGAAGACGCUUGGUUUAGCCGCGACUGA